AAUAAUAAUAUAAGAUGAAUUUUGCCGGCACUUUGCCUGUAUUUAUUGUUAUUAAUUUAUUAACUGUUUGUGUGAAAUGUGAAUUUUCGGCUAUGUCAGUGUUAUCAUCUGGGUUCAAUAAAGUCAGUAAAAUAAUACAAAGUGUAGAAUGCAAUUUUGUAGAAUGUUGUACGACCGAAUAUAUUUCUUCUGACAUUGACAAAUUAGAUGAUAUUCUUAAUAAAGAGCUUUUUGGACAAGAAAUUGCUCAUCGUGUAAUAAUAAAUGCCUUAUAUGGACAUCUGACUUCAUCUAAUCCUCCCAAAGCUUUGACUAUGAGUUUUCAUGGUCCACCAGGAACUGGCAAAACUUACAUAAGUCAAUUGAUUGCUAAGGUUCUUUAUAAAAAUGGGGACCAAAGCAAAUUUUAUCAUUUUUUUAAUGGUCGUAAUGACUUUCCUCUUCAGGAAAAAGUAAAUGAAUAUAAGGAAGAAUUAUAUACAAUUAUUAUUAAUAGUUUACAAAAAUGCGAAAGAUCAAUGUUUGUAUUUGAUGAAGUGGAUAAAAUGCCAGAAGGUUUACUAAAUGUUCUUGUACCAUUUUUGGAUUACAAUGCAUGGGUUAAAUCAUGGAGACUUGCAAGCAUUUCUAUAAAUACAAGGAAAGCAAUUUACAUAUUUUUAUCCAAUACAGGUAGUUCGCGCAUUACUCAGCGUUUAUUAACACUUUGGGGGGAAGGCAAACAGAGGAGAACAACUAAGCUUCAAGAUUUUGAAAAUUUAAUAAGUAUUGGAGCAUUCAAUGAAAAGGGUGGUUUCUAUCAUAGUGAUACAAUAGACUCUAGUGUAAUAGACCAUUAUGUGCCAUUUUUACCGCUUGAAGAAGUACAUGUGAAAAAGUGUUUAGAAAAAGCUUUUUUAAACAGAGGAGUACAUCCUACUAAUGAUAUGAUAGAAGAAGGAUUAUCAUAUGUGGUCUUUGGACCUCCUCCACAUAAUAUUUAUGCAACUAAAGGCUGUAAAAGACUAGAACAAAAAGUGGCUGCUAUUGUAUAUGCUAAUAAAAAGACUAAAAUAGAAUUUUAGAUAUAUGUAUAUAAGUAUUACCUCUUUUUUAUGUUAACAUUUCCAUAAGAUCUAAAUUUUAUUGAUUAUUCUUAUUGGCACAAUCAGAAAAGUUGUGUAACAAUUAAAAAAAUAGUACAAUUAAUUUGUUACAAUAAUCACGUUGCGAUUAUUUAUAUAUUUAUGUAUAUGUAUGCUUAUAUUUAAGAAAUAGCUAAAAUUUUUAUCAUUAACAGUACAGAAUUACAGUAUAUACAAUUGAGUCUUGGCAAUUGACUUUAAAAUAUAGUCAUAAAGGAGAAAGCUGUCCAGAAGUGUAAACAUUUGGCGACGUGUUCUUCUUUUGUAUGAUUCUAAUAUACAAGAAUAGAUAGACAACUUUAAUCUUUAUGACUUCUUGAAACUUUAUUCGUACUGUCAUAUUAUACCGAAAAAUAAUUAUAAUUCUUUUGAUCUAUACAAGUAGCUAAAUAUAUAUUUCUUUUUAUGCGCUCGGUUCCCGUUUACGAACAUGUACUUUCUAUUUAUAUGAUUGUGAUACAGCACAACCUCAAGUAAAGAGAACAAAAUAAAUUGUAUUUUUAUAAUGAUA